GCACCCCCUGCAUUGGAAGGCGAAGUCUUAACCACUGGACCGCCAGGGAAGUCCCCAUGUCUCUCUUGUCGUCGCACCCUCUGUGCUCUUUGACUUAAGCUCUUCUGCAUCUUCACGCUUUCUUUCUUUUUUUAUAGGAUCAUGGAUUUUCCUGGCCACUUUGAACAGAUCUUCCAGCAGCUGAACUACCAGAGACUUCACGGCCAGCUCUGUGAUUGUGUCAUUGUAGUGGGGAACAGACAUUUCAAAGCCCACCGCUCGGUACUAGCAGCAUGCAGUACACAUUUCCGAGCCCUGUUCUCUGUGGCAGAGGGAGAUCAGACCAUGAACAUGAUCCAGCUGGAUAGCGAGGUAGUGACAGCGGAGGCCUUUGCCGCACUGAUUGACAUGAUGUAUACCUCCACGCUCAUGCUGGGGGAGAGCAAUGUUAUGGAUGUCUUAUUGGCAGCCUCUCACCUGCACUUGAACUCUGUUGUUAAGGCAUGUAAACAUUAUCUAACGACAAGGACGCUGCCCAUGUCUCCCCCCAGUGAGCGCGUUCAGGAGCAGAGUGCCCGCAUGCAGCGCUCCUUCAUGCUGCAGCAGCUGGGACUGAGCAUUGUGAGCUCAGCCCUCAAUUCCAGCCAGAGUGGCGAGGAGCAGCCGGCCCCCAUGAGCUCCUCGAUGCGCAGUAACCUGGACCAGCGGACACCCUUCCCCAUGAGACGCCUGCAUAAGCGCAAGCAGUCUGCAGAGGAGCGGGCCAGACAGCGGCUCCGACCUGCCCUGGAUGAGUCUGCCAUCUCCGACGUUACGCCAGAGAAUGGGCCGGGGGUUCAUUCUCGGGAGGAGUUCUUUUCACCGGAUUCUCUGAAGAUCGUGGAUAACCCUAAACCUGAUGGGCUGACCGACACGCAGGACGACAGCGCCAUCAUGUUUGACCGGCCCUUUGGUGCUCAAGAAGAUGCCCAGGUGCCCAGCCAGUCCGACAACAGCGCCGGCAACGUGACCCAGCUCUCCAUGGCCUCCCGCGCCACUCAGGUCGAGGCUAGUUUUGAGCAGGAAGCCACAACUGAGAAAAGUGGUUUUCAGUGCGAAAACCCUGAGGCUGGCCUUGGUGAGAAGGAGCACAUGAGAGUGGUGGUUAAAUCUGAGCCCCUGAGCUCUCCUGAGCCUCAGGAUGAAGUAAGCGACGUGACCUCCCAAGCGGAAGGCAGCGAAUCGGUGGAGGUGGAGGGAGUGGUGGUCAGUGCCGAGAAGAUAGACCUCAGCCCCGAGAGCAGCGACCGGAGUUUUUCAGAUCCCCAGUCUAGCACUGACCGGGUAGGAGACAUCCAUAUUUUGGAAGUCACAAAUAACCUAGAACAUAAAUCCACUUUUAGCAUUUCAAAUUUUCUUAACAAGAGCAGAGGAAGUAACUUUAGUGCAAAUCAGAACAAUGACGAUAAUAUCCCAAACACCACUAGUGACUGCAGGCUGGAGGGGGAGGCCCCUUAUUUGUUGAGUCCAGAGGCUGGGCCUGCAGGCGGGCCCUCCUCAGCCCCUGGCUCUCACGUGGAGAACCCGUUCAGCGAGCCCACAGAUGCCCACUUCGUCAGGCCUAUGCAGGAAGUGAUGGGCCUGCCAUGUGUGCAGACCUCAGGCUACCAAGGAGGAGAACAGUUUGGGAUGGAUUUUUCCAGGUCUGGUUUGGGGUUGCAUUCCUCCUUCUCCAGGGUAAUGAUGGGCUCCCCUAGAGGUGGAGCCAGUAACUUUCCAUACUACCGCCGCAUAGCUCCCAAAAUGCCAGUGGUAACGUCUGUCAGGAGCUCACAGAUCCCAGAGAACUCUGCCAGUUCCCAGCUAAUGAUGAACGCAGCCACAUCCUCAUUUGAAAAUGGCCACCCUUCGCAGCCCGGCCCCCCGCAGUUGACGAGGGCAUCUGCUGACGUCCUGUCAAAGUGCAAGAAGGCCUUAUCGGAGCACAACGUCUUAGUCGUAGAGGGGGCUCGCAAGUAUGCCUGCAAAAUCUGCUGCAAGACUUUCCUGACCUUGACAGAUUGCAAGAAGCACAUCCGUGUUCACACAGGUGAAAAACCCUACGCCUGCCUGAAGUGCGGCAAGAGGUUCAGUCAGUCCAGCCACCUGUACAAACACUCGAAGACCACCUGCCUGCGGUGGCAGAGCAGCAACCUUCCCAGCACUUUGCUCUAACCCGACCACUUGAGAUUUCGGGGGCUGGUCCAGCCUGACACAUCUCACCCAACGACAAACCCGUUGUCUGCUUCACUUCUUCACACUCAUGCCACAUAUGGCAUCCUUCCCUGGCCUAGGUUACUGUUUUCAGGUAAAAACUAACCAAAAGUGAAAUCAACCCCCCUCCAUCGUGGGGUUUUAUUACUGGUCUAUACUGCCGUUUUAAAGUACAGACCCUGAACUUUUGUUGUUGCCCCAACCCAAUACUGAAUGUUUGAAAUCCAAAUGCAGCAGUAUUCAUGGGUAAAUAUAAGCGGGUUGGGCAGCCCAGAGCAUAGAAGUCACCAAGCAGCAUCUGAGACAGUUUGAGGAGACAUGUGGGUGACUGCCCUGGGCCUCCCUGGACCCCACUGCUUCUCUUCCCCAGCCCCACCUGUGGUCUUCUGACCCUGUGCCAUUGGGGCUUUUGGCAGCAGCUGUUAGGCUAAGCCCUGGCUCAUGAGCUUCCAGGGGAACAGCACAGGUUAAUGUGUCUCUAUAGAGCUCAUGAAGUCAGUUUAAUUCAUGCAUGAACAUGAGUUCAUUUUUUAUACAGCUUUUUUAGACACAAGCCACUGUGCAUAAUUGAGUGAAAUCCUUCAGUUCCUACCUUUGUUUAGAAAAAAAGGCAAUCAGCGAGUGUUUUCUCCUCUUAAUCUAGUGUAUGCAGUUACACAUCUGUCUGUGGAUAAACUUACAAUGUUCAUCGCUUAGCAUCUCCUAUGAACUGAUUCCCAGGGAGGAAAACCAAAAGGGAAACCUCUGAUUCCUCUCCUUUCAGCAGAUGUGGGGGAGAUGGUGGAGGCUAUGGGAUCACCUGUGAAGUUCAGUUGUGUGUGGCAAAUUGUUAGCAGUCAUGUUCUGACUUGAUGUGAGGAGGCUCCACAUCCACCCCUCUGUGGGGACCAGUGACUCGUGAGAUUAACCCUGGGAGGCAGGUGGGUCAGCGUGGAGAACGAGAGAGGCCCUUCCUGGCUUGGGAAGAGGAAUCGGUGGCACCAGGAGAGCAGUGGCAGCCUUCCUCCCCCUUCCACCUUGAGGAGGAGGUGCCAGGAAGCUGCCCCCUCACCUGAGCUCCAGCUUAAGUGGACUUGCUUCGGGGCCUAUCUCUGACACAGCGGCUGGAGCCCUGCCUCGCCACUGCUAAGUGGAAUCUGGAAUCUCUCAUCUACCUCUUAGUCAAUCAGUUCCUCCGUGUGAGAAGCAAGCCUGUGAGCCAGUGUCCUCGUACAUGCUGUAGCACUUAAAAAUAAUUCAGAGGUUCCCUGGAAAACCAGUCCCAGGGGUUCUACAAAUUGGUAGUUUCUACCUGAAUUUUAACUGGUAUUGGGUCCCUGGAUUUGAUUGGUUGGCCUUAAUUAUAGCUUGGCGUAAUCAUUUCUGGUGACCAAAUCAUAAAGUUCUAUCAGGGCACCCGUGUCAGUGGUGCUAUGCUGGUCAAAAUUUGAGACUUUGAAAUAAAAAAUUUGUCAUAUUCAUGCCUCUAACUAAUUAUGUGUUCUUUUUCUUCGCCUUAGGUUAUUAAGGUUGAAAUAAAAAAGUGAAGUAGUAUUGCUUUCUCUGCUAACCCUGCUGUGACCAGUACUUUUUUUUUUAAAACCAAGCUUCCUAGAAAAUACUCUCAUGCUGUCAGUUAAUAACAAUUAUUGGUCAUUAGUCCCUCGUGCUUUCCCUGAGCUUUGUCUCUGAGCUGUGGACAAGGGUGAUGUGUUGUUCUCACUGCAGUUUUACCCCUAGUGGGCCUGCCGAAUCUUGCGCUUUCUGCUGCUCCCUUACGUGCCUCCCAGGGUGAAGACUCCACUCUCCAGUCUGGCUCAGCUGUGGGGAAGAACUGGAGCCCAGGUCCCUCAGCAGGAGCAGGGCUUUGGCAGUGCUGGUGGCCUGGCCUUAGGAGGACUGAGGUGAUUAGAAAAGGGCAUUCACCUGGGGAGUGAGGAGAUGGACACGAGGGACAAAAUAUGAAGGUGCUGAAACUAAUUUUAAAAUAAAAAUUAAGAAACCCACCUACCUUGAUUAGUCUUGACCAAAAAAUG